UCGUCGUAUCCCUAGAAUCUUUCUCCGGCGAAACACUCUCACACACACACUCCGGCGAGUCUGAUGGAAAGAGAAAGUAACAACGAAUCACUCCCAACAGAUCUAAUCCUCGAGAUUUUCACGAGAUUGCCAUCGAAAUCAGUCGCAAGGUUUCGUACACUGUCAAAGUACUGGGCAUCUACACUUCGCAGUCCAGAUUUCACCAAGCUGUUCCAAGCCAAGUCCUCGAAUCGUCCACGCAUCUUAUUCGCAAUCGAACGAUAUCGACAUAACGAGUGGUUCUUCUUCUCCGCGCCUCAGCCACAGAACCGAUACGAAACUUCUCUGCCUUUAGAGUAUCAUACAAAGCUCUCAGGAGAUGUGAGCGAUUUCACUUGUAGCUAUGCCUCAGGUUUGAUUUAUAUUCCAUUUGUGAGGAUCAUUGAUGUGAAUACGCCUCUGAUUUGUAACCCUAUCACUGGAAUGUAUGCUGGGUAUCACGUCAGGAAGUAUAGUAAGUCUCAUGGCUUUUUAGGGUUUGAUCCAAUUGAUAAGCAAUUCAAGGUUUUGGAUUUGCAUAGCAUUCUUACUAUAGGAUCUGGAGAAGAGUGGAGAACUAAGGAUAUCUCUUGUCAUCUGUAUCAUCGUUCUUCGGCUGCAGGGAUUUGCAUCAAUGGGGUUUUGUAUUACUUAGCUGUAACCUUUAUUGGGCCGUCUUUUGUGGUAGUUCGCUUUGAUGUUAGGAGUGAGGAGUUCAAGUUUAUUGACGCGUCAUGCUUUAAUGAUCAUAUACAGCAUCCUACUAGAUUGAGUUUGGUCAACUCUAAAGGGAAAUUAGGUGUGGUUAGUUGUAAUUAUGCUGAUGUUGAUGGAGAACGUUGCGUUGAGUUGUGUAUGUCGGUUUUAGAGGAUGUUGAGAUACAGGAAUGGGUGAAAUAUGUGUACACUCUUCCGCAUAAUGAAGUCCUUGGUUCCUGCGAGUUUUCGGUUGCUGGAGUGACUGCUAGAGGUGAUAUUGUUUUGUGUAUGAAAUAUACAAGUAAACCGUACUAUGUGUUCUACUUCAAUCCCAAAAAGAACACUCUCCAAAGUGUUGAAAUCCAAGGUUUUGGAGAUCAGCUUGAAGCAGUUAGGGAUCGUGGCGAAGUUUAUGCCAUUGUUGACUAUGUAGAGGAUCUUGGUCUUAACGAUGCAAAGCAACUCAAGUCAAGCGUUUCUGAUAUCAAGAGUCGUUGUGCCUGCUGUCAAAAGGUAUGAUAGCUUAACUACAUCGGGGAAGAGGUAUGAGUAGAGAGAAGAAAUGAAUGAAAACAAAAGAAGAGUAUAAGAGAGUAAAACAAUGAGAGUAGGUAAAAAAGCAAUAGGGUAUGUCAUCUAUGUGUUUAUGUUCUUUAGUUAAUAGUUAUAGACUUUGGUAAGUCUGUGAAUCUAAUCUAGCUUUUGGUAAAUUGUAUGUUCCUCUUGACUAUCUAUGAUCAAUAAAAUUCUCCUCGAUAGUAGAAUUUAUAUGUAUA